UCAAACAGCCCUCACGGUGAUUACGGUAAAGCUCGGGUUAAAUUGCGCACUCGAAACGCGGAGACGGCUCAGUUGGCCACGCGAAGGCGAUCGGCGAGUCGCUUGACCGCAGUAAAUAAAAGCAGGAGACGGGAAGCGCCUAACGGCCGAGAUGAAGUUCACCGAGCAUCUCUCGGCUCACAUCACCCCGGAGUGGAGGAAACAGUACAUCCAAUAUGAGGCUUUUAAGGAGAUGCUGUAUGCUGCUCAGGACCAGGCCCCAUCUAUUGAAGUCACAGAUGAGGACACAGUCAAGAGGUACUACGCCAAGUUCGAGGAGAAGUUUUUCCAGACGUGUGAAAAAGAACUGGCCAAGAUCAACACCUUCUACUCUGAAAAGCUGGCAGAGGCCCAGCGACGAUUUGCUACACUGCAGAAUGAGCUGCAGUCCUCUUUAGAUGCCCAGAGAGAGAGCAAUGCUAAUGGCCGGGGCCUGAGGAGGAGGAAGACGGUGUUCACCCUGUCACAGCAGGAGCGAUGCAAACACAGAAACAUAAAGGACCUGCAGCUGGCUUUCUCAGAGUUCUACCUCAGCCUCAUAUUGCUGCAGAACUAUCAGAACCUAAACUUUACAGGUUUCAGAAAGAUCCUAAAGAAACAUGACAAAAUCUUGGAAACGUCAAGGGGGGCUGACUGGAGGGUGGCCCAUGUCGAAGUGGCGCCAUUUUACACAUGCAAGAAAAUCACACAGCUCAUCUCUGAGACUGAGGCAUUGGUCACAACAGAGUUGGAAGGUGGUGACAGGCAGAAGGCCAUGAAGAGACUGAGAGUACCUCCCCUUGGAGCUGCACAGCCUGCCCCGGCAUGGACCACAUUUAGAGUUGGACUUUACUGUGGAGUAUUCCUCGUUUUAAUAGUUACUGUGGUUAUUACAGGAGCUGUUGUCAUUCGUAGUACUGAAGUCUGGCCUAUGGUCAGAAUCUACAGAGGAGGAUUCCUCUUAAUAGAAUUUCUCUUCCUAUUGGGCAUCAACACCUACGGCUGGAGGCAGGCAGGUGUUAACCAUGUGCUCAUAUUUGAACUCAACCCCAGAAACAACCUGUCUCACCAGCAUCUGUUUGAGAUUGCAGGUCUGUUAGGGGUUCUGUGGUGUGUCAGCCUGCUGUCGUGUCUAUUCAGUGACAGCAUCCCGGUCCCCAUGCAGGCAAACCCUCUGGCUCUCUACGGCUUUUUCUUCCUCUUCCUCAUAAACCCCUUCAAGACCUGCUAUUAUAAGUCUCGCUUUUGGCUGCUCAAACUCCUGUUUCGAGUGGUGACUGCUCCCUUCCACCGUGUCGGCUUUGCAGACUUCUGGCUGGCUGACCAGCUGAACUCUCUGGUAGUGGUUCUGAUGGAUCUGGAGUACAUGAUCUGUUUCUACAGUUUCGAACUGGACUGGAAAAAUCAUGAUGGACUUAUUACCAGUGAAGGUAAAGAUGUGUGCAACUCCUACUCCUAUGGCGUCCGCGCAGUGAUCCAGUGUCUUCCUGCCUGGUUCCGAUUCAUCCAGUGUCUCCGCCGUUAUCGUGACACCAAACGGGCCUUUCCUCACCUGGUUAACGCAGGGAAAUACUCAACUUCAUUCUUUGUUGUUACUUUUGCUGCUCUUUACAAGACUCAUAAAGCGGAAACCCACGGAGACGCAUACAUCUUUCUCUACUUGUAUAUCUGCUCUUCAGUGGUUAGCUCAUGUUAUACUCUUAUCUGGGAUCUAAAGAUGGACUGGGGUCUAUUUGACCGCAACGCAGGCGAGAAUACAUUCCUGAGAGAGGAGAUUGUAUACCCACAUAAGGCCUAUUACUACAGUGCCAUAGUGGAGGAUGUGCUGUUGCGGUUUUCAUGGACUUUAACAGUAUCCCUUAGCACAUUCUCAAGUUUUCCUGGCAUCUCUGACAUACUGGCUACUGUCCUGGCCCCAAUGGAGGUCUUUAGGCGUUUUGUGUGGAACUUCUUCCGGCUAGAGAACGAACACCUGAAUAACUGUGGUGAGUUCAGGGCCGUCAGAGACAUCAGUGUGGCUCCACUCAACGCUGAUGACCAGACUAUGCUGGAACAGUUGAUGGACCAGGAAGAUGGAGUCAGAAACCGGCAAGGCAAGAAGAGCUGGAAGAGGAGCUACAGCAUGAGUCUACGCAGGCCAAGGCUGGCCUCCCAGUCUAAGACUCGUGACACCAAGGUUCUGAUAGAGGACACUGAUGACGACUCCUGACAUCAGGCCACGCCCCUCGCCUGGGUCCAGAAUUUAUUCAAAGGUGGAAACUCAACCUCCUAACUGAGGAAUUACCCAGUGAGUCGGGCGUUGUGCUCUCAAUAAGGACCAGUCUUAAACUCUCAUGCCUACAUAAUCACUUCACAAGUCUCUCCCUGGGAUUAGAGCUACUUCAAAUGAGGAACUUUGAAAAACUUGAACAACCAGCCCAGCAGGAUGGCCGUAACUUUGAAAAACUUGAACAACCAGCCCAGCAGGAUGGCCGUCAAACCUCUACUCUUACUUUCAGUAAUAACCAAGGGUUGGCUUGCCAUCCUUAACCAGUGGUUUAAAAACUUCUGUUGCUGUGACCCAUAGCUAUCCAGAGAUGCACUCUUGAACUAAAGCCACUCUUUAGCCAUUGCUUGGGUUCUCCUGAAAGCAUGGACAGCGCAGCUAAAUGGAACGCAAGCUGACUGCCCCUACAGGAAGUGUUCCCUGCUCCCUCUGGUGCCCCCUACAGGGAGAAGUUGACACCUUCAAGCCUACUUCCUUUGCCGACGACAAGGUUUUCUUUCUGCUUUUAGCUAUUUGUGUUCUUCUACACUCCCACCUCCCAGAUAAACUUUAUAGAAAAGCUUUCAAUCGCACUUCAAAAAAGUUUGUAAUCUGGACCUAAGACACAUUUUUUUCCUAACAAGGUAAUGGAAAAAAUGGUUCCUUCCCUACCUGGUUGGGAAAUUUUAAGCAGUUUGAUCUGGUCUAGACUGUGCUGGUGAAAGUUGGUAGUGCCAAUCAGUCACAUGGUUGACUCUCCUUGGUCUUCAGCCUGUCCCUUGAAAUCAUCACUGAGCUGCCUACCUGCACCUUACAUGCUUUAGUAAACAUGCACACACAACACACACACACACACAGACGUAAAACAGCAGUAAGUGACUGUUUAGCCGUGAAGCUGAGAAGCAUUAUUAAUAGUCACUUUGUGACAAAUGUUUUCCACUAUUGAAGUAAAGAUGAUUUUACUGAAUGUAUGACAACUUAUUUAUGUAUGUAUGGUUUUUCAUUUUCAUAAUCUUUUUUUUUUAGACCCCCUGAAAUGAAAGAGUUUUGUUAUAAGGAUUUUUUUUCUAAAAAGAUUUUAUGAUUGAAAAUGGUUGGCUUUUGAAACGGUAAGUGUGUGUGAAACGAAUCUGAAAGAUGAUGUGGUUGAAAAGGGGGGAGGCCGCCUGUCUGUCACUUACUGGUUCAGUCUGGAAUGAUUAAAAGGAGGGUGGGGUAAAACUUGAGUCCCGAUGAAGUCGCCCUUUUAUGUAAAUGAAUACACAAAUUUUGAAAUGACAGGUGGAUUGAGAUGAAAACUGUUACUUGGACCUAAUCUCUCUUUAGUGAAUGGAAACUUGAAUCUUCCUUCAUGUUUACCUUGUGCUUUGUUAUAGCCAGUAUUAUGUCCAUAACAUUAAUUCUGUUUAAUAUAACCCAAGUAAUUUUAAUUCACAAAUCACAUUCCUUUUGGUUUUUGUUUAUUUUCCGACAACAGUUGUGUUCAGACUAAGCUUAACUGGCAAAGGAAGCUUCUUUCUAGGUUCUGUGGAAUUGUGCCGUGAUUCCCGACAUUCACCAUCACACUCCUCGUAUAUUUGCCUCAUAUUUAACACUUUUCCUUCUGUCGGCACGGCAGACACACGCCAUAGCAUAGUGUUACAUUACUCAAGCCUCUGAUGAUUCCACCCUCGUUUGGUUAACAGGUAGUCGCGAUUACACUGGAGAAAACAUUUUUCUCGUCUUUUAUUUUUGUUGCCCUUUGUCACAUUCCCCCUGUGGUUUACAUGAGUUCUGGCUUUGGUCUUAAAUGAACUGUCUUCAGGUUAAUGUUCUUCUAGUUAUUGAUUUUAUUCAGCAUCUUGCUAAUGUUUCUUUUUAGCUUGUGCAAUUUAGCUGAUGACUUCUGAAAUCCGUCAGGGAGACCUGAUUGAAGUCUGUUACAUGAGCAAUAAGACUCUUAAGGAUUUGUGCACUUUAAUGCCAAACUUUUCCUUAUUUCCGUCAGUGUGAAAGGACUCUGUCACAGACAUUGAUCAGUUGAUCAUGUGUUUUGUGUAGUAAAGAUUUAGUCUUGAUUACCUUGUACCAGUUCUCUGGAGUAGACGUUACUGAAAUAUGCACAUUAUACAAGUAGAAUUCAUUAUACUUGCAUAAUAGCCCAUUUGACUUAAUCUAUUCCACUAUCAAGUAUAAGCGAUAUUAUAUUUGUAUAAUGUUUCAGUGUAUGUGUAAAAUGUAUCAGUGUUGCUAUACUCUUGGGCCUGUUUCAUUUCAAUCUCACCCGGAGAGGUUCUAUCUAACUGUCAGUCCAAGUUUAGGAGAAUCAGAUUUGAACAGGAACAAAUGUUUUAUUAAAGAUACUUUGAAUCUUAAUGUUUGCUGUCUUUAGGGUUCUCAGUUUUUUUUUCUUCUGUCAUUUUAUUAAUCUUUAAUUGUUUUCCUUAACCUUCGCCCCUCUGUUUUUCAUACUAAUGGUGGUUUUAUUACAUACCAACAGAAGCAGACAAAACUAGAAUAGGGAUCCAACGUUUUGGGGGCAAGGUUAAUAAAAUGCUGCCAAGAAAGUUUGGCAAAAGAUUGUUUUAUUUGUUUAAAGGGAGAACUAAAAGGUGAAAGUCUCAAAGUGAGUGCACUGUUUCGGGAUUUUAAAUAGCACUUUAAAAAACAAACAUUUAUUUUGAUAUCCUGGUUGUGUUACAUGAUGUGUAGAGUUGAGGUCCAAAAUGGAAAUCUAGUCUAAAGCUUAUUAACUUUGCCGGACCCGGUUGGUGCAGUGUCGAUGUUUGCCACUUCCAAAUUAAAAGCCUCAAAGGGCUUCUGUGAUGUUCCAGUUUAAUAUUUAAAGACACACUAAAAAGCCAAAUGUUUGACUCAGUGACCACAUUUAAAUGCCAUAGAUUAGAAUUACACUAUUGUGGAUAUAAGAAGUGUGUGAUAGUAUGAGAUUUUCCUUUUGAUUCAGUACUGUAUAUCUGCACCUUCCUAUUAAGCUGUGGUUUCAAGUCUUGAGAGUUGGAUUCAUCAAUGGACAUAGUUUUGCUUGGACAGCACCUACAGCUGCUAUUACUCCUGUAGGUUAAGCAGCUGGACAUUGUCCAGAAGCUGUUUUAAACUUGCUUGGUAUUUAAUUGGAGCGCUGGGUAGAAAAUGUGUAUUAAUUGUAAAUGUGUAAAUCAGGACAUUUUAUGCUUUACUUCUACUGCUUAUCAUCGCCUAACGUUUCCAUUUUGUGGCCGCAAAUAUUGUUGAGAUAAUUAUUUUUGCGUGUUCUUGUUAAACUGAUGUAAUUACUCUAAAGCCAUUCCUGUUCUAAUUGGUAGUCAUGGAGCCAAACGUCAGAUGAUUUGACCCUCAGGUCAUGGACAGUUUACAAUCUGCUCAUCAUUCAACAGGAUAAAAGUGCAAAUGUGCCCAUGAGUUUAUUUUGCAGACCUCGGCUUUAGUUUGUUUUGCUAAAUUUGGAUAAAAAUGCAAAGUGAAAGAAUUUAGUUUGCAGCAAGAAAAUUAAAACUAGUUUUUUUUUUUAUUUUAUUUUUUUUAAUCAUGUCAGUACAGUGAAAUGAAACAAUGAAAGCUCUUUGUUCCUUCACUAUAAUCAAGCCUGUGACAGACGGGUGAUUUUCUCCCCUUUUCCAGCAGCCGGUCAAAUGAGCUCCGUCAGUAGAGGGCUGGGUUUUAUGCUGAACCUGACAGUGAAUGUCUCAUCAAACCAUUCAUUUUACUUUCCCUCUUUUUUUAUUUCACAUUCAUUUAGAAUUAAAGAUAUUAAGUGGUGAGAACUCAGCCUGGGUCACAGACGCCUUUUUCUUACAUACUGUAGUUUUACAUUAUGUCUUAUUGAAUAUUUGAACAACAUUUAUCACGAAAGUUUUGCUUUACUUGUCAGAUAUAAAAUAUGUUAGCCUAAGUGGAGAAUGUGCUAAUAGCGUCCAUCUGCAAACAAAGAUGGACGUAGUUGAUACUGAAGGACCUUGAUGGCACGUCGUUUUAACAAGUCGUGUAACGUGUGGCUCUCACUUUUUCACAAAAAAGCUAUCAAUGGAGCUUCAUGCGUAAACAUUCAAAGCACACAAGACUCCAAAUGGAUUGACCAAACUCCAGACAGAUGAAUCCCCUGUUUUGGCCUGAUCGUUUCUACUGUACCUCUUCAUAAUAUCCGUUUGCUAAUCUGUUUAUAUUCUUGUAUUCAGACCCUCCAGAGCUUGGAAACAUUUACAAGAUGGACUCUAAUGAAUCUCCUCCUUGAUUUCACUCUGCUCCAAUAGAUUACGUCUCUAACUGGUGGCUGGCGUACAAGCAGACUCUAGUUAAAUUGACCAGAGAGCCUCCUUUGUUCUAUAUGGAGCAUAAACGGUUAAAGGCUGUUUCGUUUUUUUCCCAGACCCCCGUAUAAAAGUGAUUUAGUGCUGCAGUAAAGCAGUUGUCAAGGUUUUGGUCAGAACCAUUUGGCACAAUUAUCUCAAUCUGUGUCUAGUUCAGUCACAUCUGUCUUCUGCCCGUCAUCUCUUUUAGCAACAUUUCCACUCUACAGUUUCUGAACGAUCAUGUUGGUUGGUUGAUAAUGUUUUUCUGAAAUGAAGGAUGGUGAUUUGACAGGUCUGAUCUUUUAAAGUCAUUCGAUCCCUGGACACUGUGUUACAGCUCUUUGCCUCAUCACUGGACCUGUGUGUCUAGUGUGUGAACAAGAACCCAGAGUUGUGACUUGUUUUAGACUGAAAGCCAUUCUCUUCAUGUUUGUAAUUGUCUUUCUACACCAAAUACCCUUUGCUUUUCUUAAGGCAAGUCCUUGUCAUUGAUUUGAUGAGAUUUGAUGAACUCAGACGCUCUGUGUUCACUGGUCUACACUGUUGACCCCAGAGCUGUUGAUUAUACAAUCCAUUCAUAUAUUGAUGACUAUAUUGAUUAGAUACAUUGUGUAAUCAGUGACUGUGCUGUGGGUGUUGUGUUGUAUGUACAGCCAUAUGAUGCUACAGAGGUGCCUGGUUCACCAACCCCUGUUACAGUUUUUCAGUAAAAACCACUAAAGCACACAA